GAAUUACUUUUCAUUCCUGGAUAAUUUAGAUUUUUUUGUUGCUUCUAACGCGGGUGUGUUCGGAACCAAUGAACGUCUAAUGCCUUGUUUCACACGGACUCUUUCGUCCGGAACCACAGCGGAAACAUGGAAGUGAAAAAUGCUAACGCAGCCAUGCUCAGUAACUAUGAGGUAUUCCAGCUGCUGACUGACCUGAAGGAGCAGAAGAAGGAGAGUGGCAGGAGCAAACACAGCGCCGGCCAGCAGAAUCUCAACACCGUCAUGUACGAAACGCUGAAAUACUUGUCCAAGACGCCGUGCAGCCGCCAGAGUCCCGAGAUGGUCAAAGUGUUUCUGUCCACCAUGAUGCGUCACAAACUCACAAAAGCCGAGAAGCUGCAGCUCCUCAACCACCGACCCCAAACCGCGGUGGAGAUGCAGCUAAUGGUGGAGGAGAGCGAGGAGCGUCUGUCAGAGGAGCAGAUCGAGGAGCUGAUCCAAACCAUCUCAGAACUGCUUCCCGGCGACCUGGAACAGGAAGACGCUGCAACUGCGGACGCGGAGACGGCUUGAGCGCACAGUGCUUGCCGUGGAGCUCCAACCAACGCGACAGCGUCGACCGCUCCGUCAGAUAUUAUUGAACUCAUCUUUAAAAGUUUUCCAGAUGCCCUUUGAAUGCACCGCAAAAAAAGAAUAGAAUGUCACAUAACGAAGCGCUGCGCAACGUAUGGACGAUGACGGCCACAAGAAGGAAGUUAACCUUAAAAGGG